UUUGAUUAUGAAAAAAACCCACAAAUCAAAUUAAAAAGAAAAAGAAACAGUUGGCUCAAUUCCCAUUAACAAGGCCAGUGUCUUCCUCCUCAGUUGGAUCCAAAAAGCUACCAUUAUAAUAUUUCCUUCAUUUUUUUCACUCACUGAAUGAUAUAUAAAGCGACUGUUACUUCAAUCCCCUGUUUUAGAUUCAAGAUAUUGGGUUUCAAUGUAAAUAUUUCCAAACAAUCUUUUUACAGAUUUUGGAUUUUUGGGUCAGUUUUUUUUUUUUUUUUUUUUUUUUUUUUUUUUUUUUUUUUUGUGCAUAGCUACCUGAAAUCCAUUUCAAAACGGAUGUUUCGAUUUGUUUUUGGGUUAUUUUCACCAAACACAGCUCUGGGUUUUUUCAUUACAUUGCUUUCUUCUCACUGUUCUUCGUGGGUUUGUUCUUGCUUCAAGUUAUAAUUUCCCAAUUUCAAUCCUUUUUUUUUUUAAUUUCGUUUUCAUCUGUUUCUUGUUCAUUUAUCGAUGUCGAAUAAAUAACUUUGUCGUCAUUCGAGGAAGUGAGAUUGGGUUUUUGAGUUCGUAUGGGAUGGAGGAGGUUCUGAUUCUUCUGCUGGUGAUUUUUUGUCUCUUCAUUGGUGCUAAUGCUUCUGAGCUUGUGGAAAUUGCUGGAUUCAGAAACUCUCCACCCCCUUCAACUUUUUCUGCAUUUCCUCCAGUUUUAAGAUUCAGCAACAUUAAUGGACCAAGCUCAGUGCCUCAGCAAAAUGAGUCAACUGAGCUACUACCGGUUAUGUACCCAUCAGUUGCUUCAGGUCCUUUGCCUGAUACAAUCAAAGGGUUUAUACCGUCCGCUUCACCUCGUGCUCUGACUGAGUCACCACCAUUUAAUAGUAUGCCUCAGCCACUUUUACCAGUUCAACCAAAUGCUCCAUCGAUUUCACCAAGUGCACCAGAGCCAGGAGGCUCAGCUGUAUCAUCUGCAAAUUCUCCACAUUAUCCUCCAGCAAGUCCCUUGCCACAUGAGCAAACAAAUACUUCAUCAAAUGUAGCUCCAACCCCUGAGCCCAUUUCUCCAGCAAGCAAGUUGCCUAAGAACUCACCGGUUAGUCAUCCGGUAUUUCCUGAAAGACCUCCAUCCAUAUUACCAGAGCCCGAUAUCUCUCCAGCAAUAGCUAUUUCCCCAAAAGCUGGUCACAAAAAGAGAUUAGAAGCACCAGCAGCCACACCUUAUAAUGCACUUCCCAAGUAUACGCCACCAGUGAAUCAUUCCCCAGAAGAAGCUCCUUCCAGUCACAAUGACAUAGGACAUUCUCAACAACCACCGAUCCUUACACCGCAAAAAGCUCCAUUUCAUAGUGUAAAUCUUUCUCCAACUUCUCCUCCUUUGCCCUCAAAUUAUAAGCAUCCCAGAAGCAAGAAUCAUAUCAGUCAUGCACCUGCACCAUCAUAUCCAAUUUCCUCCCACACGACGAAAGCACCGGGUCCAGUUAUUUCUACAGCACAACAUUCGCCAGGAAGAAGACACCAUUCUCCACCUCCAAAAUCAGAACCUUCGCCAAUAUCUCCUUCACAUUAUGCUCCUCCACCUCUUUCGACUCAUGUUUCACCUUCUCCUUCACCACACCAAAAAACAUCUGGGCAUACUAGAAGACAUUUUUAUCCUCCUAAAGCUUCCCCAUCGAAACAUUCAGCAAAAAGCCCGAAGAUGUCACCAAUUCAUACGUUGCCUCCUCCACCUCCCAAUGAAGAUUGUUUUACUACCCAGUGCAUCGAGCCAUAUACAAAUACUCCCCCAGGAUCUCCCUGUGGAUGUGUUUGGCCGAUGCAAAUUGGACUUCGCCUCAGUGUUUCGCUAUAUACAUUCUUCCCUCUGGUCUCAGAGCUGGCAGCGGAAAUUGCUGCUGGGGUGUUUGUAAAGCAAAGCCAAGUUCGCAUCAUUGGAGCCAAUGCAGCUAACCAGCAACCGGAUAAGACUGUUAUUCUUAUUGACUUAGUACCACUGGGCGAAAAAUUUGACAAUACUACAGCCUUUUUAACUUAUCAAAGGUUUUGGCAUAAGAAGGUUUCGAUCAAAGCUUCCUAUUUUGGGAACUAUGAAGUAUUAUAUGUUCGAUAUCCAGGUUUACCUCAAUCACCUCCUUCUGGAGACUCAGGACUAGAUAACGAGCCUUAUUUCGGUAAUAGUAAUGACGCGAGGGCAGUAAAACCAAUUGGUGUUGAUGUGCAGAACAGACAGCACAAAGAUAGGCUAAGUGGUGGUAUGAUUGCCAUUGUUGCCCUAUCAACUACUGUUGCCGUGGUCUUAUGUGUUGCAACUGCUUGGAUUUUACUCUUCAAACGUAAUGAUGGCCUUUGUCAGCCAAAACCAACUCCACAUGUUUCGUUAUCCUCCCUCAAUAAGCCAUCAGGUGCUGGUGGAUCAGUUAUGGCAACCAUGCCUAGUUCUGCCUCUUUAUCCAUUGGAUCUAGCAUUGCCCCAUAUUCAGGAUCAGCCAAGACAUUCAGUGCCUCUGACAUUGAGAGAGCCACCAAUAAUUUUGAUCCUUCAAGAAUAUUGGGAGAGGGGGGCUUUGGACGUGUCUAUAGAGGCAUUCUCGAAGAUGGUACUGAAGUAGCAGUCAAAGUUCUCAAGAGAGAUGAUCUUCAGGGUGGUCGAGAAUUCUUGGCUGAAGUCGAAAUGCUUAGUCGUCUCCACCAUAGAAAUUUGGUUAAGUUGAUUGGAAUAUGUACUGAGGAACGUAGCCGCUCCCUGGUGUAUGAACUUAUUCCAAAUGGCAGUGUGGAAUCUCACUUGCAUGGUGUUGAUAAGGAAACUGCCCCACUUGAUUGGGAAGCCCGGAUCAAGAUAGCACUCGGCGCUGCUAGGGGUUUAUCCUAUCUACAUGAGGAUUCAAGUCCUAGGGUCAUACAUCGAGACUUCAAAUCCAGCAAUAUCUUGUUAGAACAUGAUUUUACACCAAAAGUUUCUGACUUUGGAUUGGCAAGAACUGCAAUGGAUGAGGAAAGUAGACACAUAUCAACACGUGUCAUGGGAACUUUCGGGUAUGUAGCGCCAGAAUAUGCAAUGACUGGUCAUCUACUUGUGAAGAGUGAUGUUUAUAGCUACGGAGUUGUUCUUCUUGAGUUACUAACUGGGAGGAAACCAGUAGAUAUGUCGCAACCUCCGGGUGAAGAAAAUCUGGUUUCUUGGGCUCGUCCUCUACUCACAAGCAAAGAAGGCCUAGAUGUUAUUAUUGACAAAUCACUAGAUUCUAAUGUUCCUUUCGAAAAUAUUGCUAAAGUAGCAGCCAUUGCUUCAAUGUGUGUGCAACCAGAGGUGUCACAUCGACCUUUCAUGGGAGAGGUAGUUCAAGCAUUGAAACUAGUUUGCAACCAAUGCAACACAACUCAAGAAACAAGCUCACAUCCUGGUUCAAGCCCAGAGAGUUCAACUAUCGAUACGAAUGAUGAUGAAGCAUCAAGUUCAAGAUACAUGCUAGACUUUUUUCAUAGUGAAUAUUUAGUACCUAACUCAAUUCCAGGUCUAGAUAGCAUCGAUACACAUCUCUCAAUAUCAGACCUGUUAAAUACUUCGAUCGAUAACGGGAAACAAGAAUCUAGAUCACUUGAAAGAUGCUUCAGUUCUAGUCCUCAUAGAAUCAGAAAAGGUGAGAGGAAUUUUUGGCAAAGAAUGAAAAGAUACUCAGGAAGUAGCAUAAGUGAACAUGGCAUGCCUACUAAAGCAUGGUCAUAAGUGAAGAUGGUAUGCCUAUUAAAACAUGGUCAGGUUCUACUUAACACAUUAACACACCCUUCCACAUCUUUCGAUUUCGAAGUCGACUCCUUUCAGUCCAAUCCUCCCUAAGAUGAACGAUACAUACUAAUCUCAAAUUCUCGACUAACUGGCUUACAAAAUAGCUUGGCAGAGCUACUUGCAACAACUUGUUGGGAUUGCUGAGCAAAAGUUCAAUAAUUUGAGUGAUGAAUUGGGUCAUACAAGAACAGUUGUCCUCUUGAGUUUCUUUUUUCUUUUUUUCUUGGUCAAAAUUUUCAGAAGUUGGUGUUGCAGAAUAAAUCAUUAGAGUGAAGAGAAUACUGUAAAUUUCGAAGUUGUUUUCUUUUUUGUUUUUUUCAAUCGGAUCAAUCAGUAUAUAGAACACUUUGCAUCAAGAAAAAGACAGACUAUUAGCAUUCCCCUAACCCUCUUUUUUCAAAUGAAACAUAUUGAUUAGAUCCUAAAUAAUUUGAAAUCCAUUUUCGAGUCAAAAUAGCUUCUAAGAUAUAUUUUAAACCAUUUGUAUCGAAUUCAAAUAAAAAGUCUUUUAGAAAAUAUAUUUUUCAAACAAAAUCGAUUCAAAAAAUAAAAAUGAACCAAAAUUAAAAAGUACACCUCACAUUAAUAUUCUUUAAUAUUUUGAUACAAGCUAGUUAUUGCUAGCCUGUUGAAAAAAAUUAAACUUUAACCAAAGGGUUUUCAGAGGAUAAACAUUGGAAAAUUCAAAAUAUGAAUAAGAGAACAUGUUAUAAUGAUCCAUUGCAUUCAUAAUCUUUCAAGACCAUAUGCCACAAAGUUUAAUUUUGAUUAUUGAACUUCAAACAUGGAUAUGCAAUUAACAAUUCCCAGCUGAAUCCAAAGAAUAAUAAUUAACAGAUGAAAUAUGGUUUCAAAUUUACCUAAUAAACUGAAUAAAAACCAAUGAAGAAUGAUACAAGUCACACAGACACCUCGUCCUCAAAUUUAUGAUAAAGUUCAACCAAAAUAAAUAUCAAAAUGCAAAAAAAGAACAAUGAGAUGAGAGAUUUAGAUAUAUAUAUAUAUAUAUAUAUUAAGAUUCAAAUCAAUGAAAGCUCAAAAUUCGAUUUUGUAGAACAACUCAGAAUCACAACUCUACUGGUGAACUCAAAAGCACAUGCAAAAUAAAAAUGUUGCUAUACAGUCAGAAUUUUCCAAUAUUCAGUGCUAGUUUUCUAGCAAUUUAAAGGACUUGCUAAAUUAGUAGGAUCAAGCAAUAAUAAGAAAUGCUCGAUUCCCAAACAGAAGUUCGAAUCCUCUAACCUGAUAUACCCAUACAUAUGUUGAACUCAAAAAGGUAAUUGAAAUGCAGAAUAAUAAACAAGUUUUCAGGCCAAAUUCCAAGAAUCCAUGCUACAAGUAAUCCAGGGAAGAGCAUUCAAUUUGAAGGUGCGACAAUGGGUCAUAUUCACUCUACGACUAUAAACUCUAUAAAUGGUAGAGGGAGAGAGAAAGAGAGAGAGCCUGCGCCGAAUAUUUGUAGUAGUUGCACACAAAAAAAAAAAAAAAAAAAAAAAAAAAAAAGAA